AUGAGCGGAUUUAACAUCCGAGAGAUAUGCCCAGAGCUGUUCGAACCAGCUCGCCCACAUGCCGUAAGGCGUCGGAAUUCCCGAGGUAUUUAUAUUUAUAUUCCCUCUCGGAAAAUAUUUUCUUACAAACUUUGUUGACGGACUCAGGAAAGAUAAACUCAAAUCGAUAAAAAAGUGAAUGGAUCCGACCUUUUCAAAAAAAAAAACUCCUACGUCAUUAGGAAUCGAACCUCUGACCUUUUUGUGACCCCAAGAGUCUCAAAGGUCGAACAAACUUGCGACGCAGAACUAUGAGGUCACGAUCUCCUGAUCUCCAUGUAGCCUUUCCAAAAAUGGCAAAAACUAUCCAGACCGGAAGGGGAAUCGAACCUGUGACCCUUCCGGUGAAAAAUAGCUCUUUAUCCGACUUCAAAAAAUGGCAAAAAAUCACCUCGGCCAGGAUAGGAAUCGAUCGUGUGACCUCUCUAGUGAUCUAUUCUUGAAAAAUGGCAAAAACCGCUCGAUGGAUCGAACCCAUGACCUCAACAAUGCCGAUUUGCAGAGGCGCCUAUUGAUUACACAACGACGCCAGCCGCCCUCCGGCACCCGGAGUUGGCUGAGCUGGCGGCGAUGUGCUGCUCAGAGUCGAUGACGUCGACAUCAUCGACGUCUUCCACAGUGAACCCUGACUCCAGCCUGGAUUCCUCGACGCUCAACGCCAGCCUCGGGGCAGCCUCCACAUCAUCUCAUGACGAGAGCUUCGGUUCCGCGGUACCCCUCCCAAAGUGAUCUCAUUUGACAGACUUCCCUUUUACAGACCAGUCGGAAGUCCUCGAGCUCCGAGGGGUACAGCAAGGUGAAUUAUUUGAAUCUAGAGAGUAUACGAGAUGGGUAGAGGUCCAGAAAACGACGAAACUGUCUACUGUCUCCUCUUUUUCCAUUCUCUCUAACCUAAAAUCUGAGUAAUGAUGAUUAUUCAGAAAGGAUCACGUAAGCCGCCACUCCUGUACGAGUUCGACAAACUCUGCGCGUUGGCUUUCCUCAACGUCGAAGGAAAAACGUAAGUAUCCGGCCAUCCCGACCGAAAUCCCGCCUUUUUGAUCCACAUGACCCUGACCAGAUGUUAUACGUCAAUAGUAGAUUCUAACUCAGCCCUAUUUAGUUUUUACAUGCCAAUUCCGAUUUCUAUAUGUCACGUUCUUCGACUUUCAAUAUUUCAGGUCUAGCUUAACGGUGACCCAAAUCACCAAAUGGAUCAAAUUGUCCUUUCCUUUCUUCUCAAAGGACAGCAACGUGCCGACCGAAGUGGCCAAAGCAAUGUUGAAAUCGGACGCUUUUGUCUUCACAAAUAAAGAAGUCGGUUGUGGUAUGUUCCACAAAAGCCCUUCGAAGUGAAAGAAAACAUUCAGAGUCCGAGUGGACCCUUCUCCUUUCGGACCCUGCAGUGGCGAGCUGGGCCAGGGCAAUUAAAGUGCCUUCAGAGUACCACUUUCUAUUCCCGGGGCUUAUUGAUCUCGAGCCCGACGUUGACGAGCAGCCUUCGCCCGACCAGCAACGGGUUACGUCGACCGACAUCGCUGUAUGUCAUCCGCCGGCAACGAAGAAGCCGAAGAUUACGGUUGGUUGGGAAACGAUAAAGUUUGAUGAGGUCGGGCUAAUGGUUGAGCUAGACCGAUCUGAAACCGCACAGGCUUGAUACCAGCCUUGUUAAUCCGAAUAACUACGACUAUUAAGUUUGGCCUUAUCGCAGCUAAACUUUACUACCAAGUCCUUUCAUGCUAGACAUGCUUCUCGGAAUCUAGAAAAAUUCUUGAUUCAGAACUUCGGCUUCAGUCCAGACUGGUUUUCCAAACUAGGGAGUUUUCCUGAUUGAGACUUUAGAAUCUUCAUCUGGCAGAGAGCUCCCAACUAUUGCUCCUUCCUCCUCUGACAAUCAAGCCAAAUUAUUUCUGAACUUUAAAUUUUCAGGUAACGACGCCGUGGAACCAGACCUCGACGCCAUCACCUAGCGCCUGGCAUCCGCCGACCCAUCAGCACUUUGUGCUACCCCAAAUGGCGUCGCACUUCAAUUCUCGACCGACCUCACCUCUGCCGCCAAUGCAGCCGUUUCACAUGAUCCUUCCGCAUCCGCAACCCAAUCAACCUCCAAAUCACCACCAUGCCUACCAGGCCUACCUCCCGCCGAUACUCAUGGCUCCGCCGCAGCCAAUGCACCCCUCCACCUAUCACAUGUUUUUGUUUCAGCAGCAUCUAGCUCAAGCACAGGCACAGAGCCAGGUUCAGAAAAUGAAGCUGGUGCCACCAACUGCCAAGUCGGUCUCGCCACAAGCUUUACUGGCGCCCAAGCCUCCAGCACCAACCAAACACCGAGGUCGGCCGUGUAAACGGGGAUUACAAUGAGUUCUUGUUCCCGGAUCCGGGCUUUAGCUUGAUUAAGAGUUCAACCCAGUUAGGCAUGCCAAGCUCAAUUAUAAGAGUAUCUGUCCCCGGGUUUAGUAUGACUAGAUCAAACCUUAACAUGGCUAGCUUUGCAUUUACCAUGGAUUUGUUAGAUUUCACCUUGGUUAGGCUAGAUUCUAGUCUUUCUAGUCAAGACUUCAGUCCGAUUACAUCAGACUUACUGUGGCUAUUUUAUAAUUCAGGCUUCUGAGCUUUAACUGAGUCCAAAUAUUUCAGAUUUCAGUUCGAUUAGACUCGUUUACAAGCGUGAUAAGCUCUUUCGGUUUUUUAAAAAAAUUUGAAUUGAUCCUUUAAUUUUUGAGACAUCUAGGAAUGAACUUCAAUCUUCUAGAGCUCAAAUUUUAACUUGCAAGCUCAAAUCGUGACUUCUGAGUCUCAAUUCCCAUUAAAAAUUUCAAAAUUCCACUAAUUUCAGCACGACCGCACUCGGUUCAAGCCAAAAAGCGCCAAAAAGGCUCGUUCUCUGAGUUCAUAGAAAAGUACUCGUAUUAG